CCCUGAUCCAACAACCGACGGCAAUGUGGGCGAAGACCGCCAUGGAGGAUGCGAAGCAAGUCCUGGAGAUUCUCAAGGAUCCCAAGGUAGCGACCGGCCGCGGUCCCGUGAACGGUGGGGUGGAGGGCAGCGUCAGCGAGGCUGUGACCAUCGUCGAGAAGAUGCUCAAGAAGGCGCAGCAAGCGGUGAAGGCGAAUACCCCGGGCAGCGGCGUUCAUGCUGGCGUGAAGAGGAAGCAUGAGGAGGUCGACAUUGAUCACACGUUGGCGCCCGGCUUCCACCUCCCGUACGUGGGUGCGGGUGUGCAGGUUGCGAAUGCGGUCUCGCCGCCUGAACCGGUCGUAGCAUCGUCGCCGGUUGUUGCACAUCCGCGGCCGUCGUCUUCGAGAUCCUCCAGACGUGGUAGCACCGCGAUCCCGCCUGCAGUCCUGAACAGCAAGACGUCUACGCCAGAUCCUGAUGGCGAGAACAGGAAGUCAGGGAAAUCGAGUAAAAGCGGUCGUCCGAAUGUCGGCAUCCGCGUCCGGGGUGGCAAGGAGGGCCCGCCGUUCAAUAAGGCUCGACAUGAUCAUGGAUCUUCGUCGCCAGCGAGCGCCAGGCCUUAUUCUCCGGCGUCGCAUCGUGUGACGGCCUUUGAGCUAACUCCUUUCCCGGAGUCGGGCUUCACUGCUGAAAGUCCUAUAUACCUCGAUGCUCCCGAGGAUAAGGACUUCAACAUGACGUUCGCCGGCAACACCGAGCCACGGACGGAGGCGAUGGAGAAGGGCCCGAGUAAUGCGCAGACCCGGUCUCGCGAACCGAGCGGAGCCGACAAUUACGACGUGCAGCCCAGCCCGGCUUUCAAUCCAAUGUCGGGAUCCUACAACACCUUCGCUGUUAGCCCGGCGUAUAGUAACGAAGCGAGUAAUCGACCUCCUUCGAGUCGUAGCGAUCAGCCGCCACCGUUCUCCAGUGGCUACCCUCAGAAUGCUGGGUCUCCCUACCCACCGCCGGGCUCAUCGCAUGGUGCACCUCAACAAUCCAGCCCUCCAUCGUACAGUCCAGCAGGUCCUACGGGCGGCUACAAUGCCCUGACGCCUCACAAUCCGUUCCCGCCAACGCCCGAGACCAUCUAUACCUCCAAUGCUGGGUCCGCUUCAUACAGUCAUGACGUGCUACAUUCACAUCACAUGCGCAUCAUGAAUGGCGGUGUCGACCCACGGGCGAUGAGCAUGGCUCCAGACAUGAGCGCGGCGAUGCCGCAGAGCAAUCAUGGCCAACGUAAUAUGAGGCCGCCGUCUCUACCCAGUGAUCAUAGAAUGGGGACGAUACCGGUACAACCAUACAGUAUCCAAAGUGCGAAACCGAUGCACCCGGGACCGCAGCACUAUAUGGACGCGCCAACGCCUGGACAUGUGGCAUCUCAAUCGCAGUCUAUGAUGGGGACCGAGGCCUGGACCUCUGAGGAGGGCAUGCAGACCGCCACCCAGUACUGGAAUCAAGGUCAAAACUAUCAUGAGAUGAAGCUCGACAAUUACUCAUGACAUCCCCCACCUUGCUUGUUGCCUGGCUGAAUUCAUUGUAUCCCAGAACCUGAUACAACCCGUCUUCAUGUAUCGUCACGAAUAUACGCCUUUCACGACUCUCGUUUCACCUCGUCGCCAACACACGAGUAUCACUGGAAAUCCCCAUGCCUUCCUUUGCUAUGCAUACCAUCCCACUUCAUCUGUCCUUUCUGGUGCGAAUGUCUCGUGUCGUAGGACGCGGGCUGUUCGACAUUUACGUUCCUUAGACCAUGUUAUUGUUCACCAUAUCUUAUUUUACGGCUGUCUUCUGGGUUCAGAGGACGGAAAUUUGUGUAUUAUAUAUACUUGCGUAUAUACCCCUGAUGUAUUACUCCUUAGACUACCUCCCUUGUUUCGUCUUCAUAGCGGAGGCCUGGCAUCUUAUUCCAGAAUUGAUGUAUCCGC